UCCAUCCCUGGCAUGAUGGCUUAUUCCCGACAGAUUUUAGUGCUGCUGAUAGCAGCUGUCUUAUGCAAUCACGUGAUGGGCAGACCCUCGAAGACCAAGGACGAUUGUUCCUUCACCAGACAGAAACCCUCAGUCGGAAUAUUGCGCAUCCGUUAUUUCCUGUUUGGUGAUGAUUUUAUCUCUCAAGAGGAGCUGGAACUUUCUGAUCUUUUUGAUCGGGAACCGACUGCUGGACGAGACAAGAUUCCCCCGUCGGGUACGAAUGAGCAGAUGCGUCCGACAGAUCAAAAGGGCCAGCCGAAUCAGCCGAUGCGCCCGGGCAAUCAAAAGGAAAAUCAACCGACGACGAAGCCCCCGGUCCCGAUUCCAAGACAACCGGAAGGCCAGCAAGUCAAUCCACAAAAUCAAGAACAACUUCCUGGUAAUCCACCAAUGGUCGAUCCUUCCAAGACCGGUGUCCCAUUGCCCGAUGAGUCGGUGAACCAACUGGAACAACAGAAAAUUCAAAAUCCAAAUCCGCCGGUGUUUUUGCCUGGACAGUCGACCCAAAUGUGGGGACCCAUCUCUGAAGACAAGGAUCGCAAUCAGGAACCGUUGGAGCAACUGAAUGCGCCCAACAUUCUACAACAACCAAAAUCCCAGCAAACCCAACAACAGCCCCAACAAAGGCAACCGCAACAACAGCCCCAACAGCAGACCCAACAGCAACCAUUCCAACCUGAGCAACAACCUCAACAGCCUCAACAAGAAUUACAACCCCAAUUCCAACAACAGCCUCAACAGCAAGAUCAGCGCCAACAACAACCUCGACAAGAAUUUCAACAACUUCAACAACAGCUCCAACAAGGUCAGCCGCAGCAACCUCAACAACAACAACCUCGAGCCACGGAAAGAAGAAAUAAACGAUGGCAGCCACCUUUCCGUCAAGUUCCUUCCGAUUACGACGAUUCGUAUCCCCGUUACGAGAGGGAUUUCCUCUAUCCCCGUUCCGGAGGGAUUUUCAGACAAGCCGACGACACUCAGCGUUCCUUGGACGGCACAAGGCCAGCGACCAACACCAACACGGACUUGGGCAUUCUAGACGACAGGUCCGGCUACCUACGGCCAAGAAACGACGGCGGUGGCGUCGACAUCGACUUGAACGUGUGAAAAGAACUUGGAUCAGAAUUUCGAAAAUAAUUUCUUACACGUUUGUUUCUUCAAUUUUAUAUCUACUCUUGUUUUUUUUUGUUAUUAUUCGUUUAUCUCGAUGUAACGGGUCGUGUUUCAAUAUACUUCUUGAUAGUU